CGGCAUGAGCUGUCAAGAGACCCCGGAAAUAGUUCUAGCUGUUUGUGGGUAGAAAUUCUUGCAGACAAUUUAUAGCACAGCAUUACGUCAUAAGAUCGCAGGAAUGGCAGAAGAUCUGGCCAGCUUGUCUUGUGAUUCCUUUGUUGCCUUGCCACCAGCCACUAGGGAUGGGUUGAUCAUUUAUGGGAAGAAUUCUGACCGCCCCAGGAGUGAAGUCCAGGAAUUCAUUUACUGCCCUGCUGCUGACCAUGCUGAAGGAACCAAGCUGAAGUGCACGUACAUAGAAAUAGACCAAGUUGCUCACACCCAUGCCGUGGCCCUAAGUAAGCCAGCCUGGAUGUGGGGCGCUGAGAUGGGCGCCAAUGAACAUGGCGUCUGUAUUGGGAACGAGGCAGUGUUCACCAAGUUGCAAGGACCAGAUGACUCCACGGAGAGAUUGCUAGGGAUGGAUCUUGUCAGACUGGGACUAGAGAGGGCAGCCAGCGCAGAGGCCGCCAUGAAGGUGGUCAGUGGUCUACUGGAGCAGUAUGGUCAAGGGGGAAUGUGCUUCGAGGACCCUGACCACCAGAACUUUACCUAUCACAACAGCUUCCUGAUAGUUGACCGCACAGAGGCCUGGGUGCUGGAGACGGCUGGUCAGCUGUGGGCAGCAAAGAAAGUGACCAGUGGCGUCCACAAUAUCUCCAACCUAUUGACCAUAGGCACAGAGAUAGAUGCCAUGUCUGCAGGACUCAAAGAACACGCUGAGAAAAAUGGCUACUGGAAACCAGAAGACGGACCCUUGGACUUCGCCAAGGCCUAUGCUAUCCCGCCUACCAUCCCUCUACCUCCCAUUGCUGAGCCGCAGCGCCGCUUGACAUGUGGGAAGGAAUUGAUGGAGAAAUAUGCAGAGGGAGGUAACUUUUCCCUGAGCAGUAUGUUUCAAGUGCUGAAAGACGAGGACAGUGGUAUCUGUGCUGUGAGAGAGAAGAUUAUCACAGCGGGCAGUAUGGUGUCCGUUCUCACACCACCAAGUGCCACAAUACCCUGCACUCACUGGUUCACUGCCACCCCAUUCCCUGACAAAUCCUUCUUCAAGCCUUUUGUAUUCUGCCCAGACAUCAAGCUUGGGGAGUUGACCAAAUCCCCCGACUAUGGUGACAAGGACCCUGCCCGCCAGUCUCCACGCUUCCAAGAGACGGUGGACCGCGUCCACAAAUUGUACGCGUCACAUGCGUUAGGUCUGAAGAAAAGCGCGAAGGAUCUCGAGUCGAGGCUGUCACUUCUGCACCAGCUGCAGGAGGAAUGUAUCGAGGGCGUGGAGGAAUUUCUUCAAGAUUAUAAGCCAGAAAAGUCCAGCGAGCUGACAGAUCUUUUCCAAAAUUGUGUGGAGUCGGAGUUAAUUCUCUGGAAGUAAACAGUCCAGGCACACAAAUUUGCCCAGUGAUGCAUGGGAGCUGUUCACAUUGGGUUCAACUUAGACCUGUUUACGGUACCAGAUAGCUUGACUGCUUCAAACUCUUCCAAACGAGGUUUAAGAUUUUAAGAUAUGAUGGAUGUCUCUUUGUAGAUUCCAUUUUGAACUGUAUGUGUGAUGAAUAUUUAGAAAAAAUUGGGGUUUAAGUUAAACCUGUUGUGAUUGGUCAGUGAAGUGGUAUCCUUCAUCUGUUUGCUGACGUUUUAAGUUUAACCUGUUGUGAUUGGUCAGUAAAGCAGUGUCAAUCAUCUGUUUGCUGAGAGUUUGCUUUCCUUGCCACAGUUUUCAAUUAUCUCUAUGCCAUAUGCUUUCAUGUUAAUAUUGACAUAUCAAGAAGGUCAGCGUAACCAUGACAACUGCUAAGAGUAUUGAUCAGCUUCCAAGAGCAGGUGCUUGGAUUUAAAAAUAAACAAGCUCAUGGACUAAGACCCCAUUCUCAUACCUAGAUCAAUCUAGCGGGAUCGGUCCAUCUCCGAAGAAAUUCUCGCUAAAUUGCACUUAGCUAAAGUGGCUUAGCAGUCUGCAUGGCAUGCCUACUGCAGCUGCUAAACGAUAUUUAAUUCCCCUCGAACAGCUUCAGUAGGAGUGCCAGACAUCAGAGCUGCUUAAGAUGAGUGCAAUCUAGCGAGAAUCCCCUCAGAGAUGGACUGUUCCCACUAGAUCAAUCUAGUUAUGGGAAUAUUGGGUCUAAGAAUAAAGUUCAUGUACUGUCACUUUGAUGUGAUAGUCUUUCAUGCAUGGCCAUGCAAAGUGUGAUACUACACUGUAUACUUAAGUCUUUUGCAGCCUAUACAUGUACAUGUAUUAAAUUUGAAAACUCAACGUGCUAAUGUAAAAUGUUUGGUUGAGUAGGGGGUGGGGUAGGGGUGGGUUAAAAGAGGAGCAUUGCAAUAAUGUUGAAUGGGUGGGGUCAGAGGAGGAGAAACAGGUAAUGCUUUCUCUGUAAAUAAAUUGUGCAAUUACUUACAUGCAUACAGUAUUUAUGUCAGAGAGUUCAAAACCAAAGAACCACAAAAAUUUUUGCAUGUGAAAACUAAAAGGUCAACACCCAGGAUCUUUGAAUUAAAGGUAUAAACUAGAUUUUCUAGGGUCCAUUAAUUAACAUGUCUUGCAUGGUAGUAUUAUAUAAACAAUUUGAAGCAUGAAGAGUGUAGAAAUGGGGUUGGGGUGGUGGUGGGGGGGGGGUAGGGACAUAUGCUUAGGGUCUCAUUCCCAAUUAAACCUGUUCUGCCUAGAUCGAUCCGAUGGGGACUCAUGCUGAAUGCAGUCAAGCUAAGAGAUAAACGCCCAUCCUGGCAUU